AUGUCUUCUCCUUCCAAGACGAAGGAGGUUUUCUCCUCGGAUGAAGAGGGCCCAGCAGCUGGUGCCGAGGAUCAUCACAAAAUCAAAGUCUCCAGUUUGCCUUUCAGCGUGGAAGCGCUCAUGUCCGACAAAAAGCCCUCCAAAGAGGUGCCCCUCACCCCCGGCGGGGGAAGCAUGGAAGGAGCUGGCCUGGGCACCUCCAGGAACCUGCUGCUGCCAGGGCACGGCUCCAGGGAAGCUCACAGCCCCGGGGGGCUUACAAAAACCUUAGAAACCUCGUCGGUCAAAUCGGAGAAUUCCGAAGACGGCAGCUCCUGGAUUCAAGAGGCCGGGAGAUAUUCCCCUCCACCAAGACAUCUGAGUCCCACCGCAUGCACACUGAGGAAGCACAAGACUAAUAGGAAGCCCAGAACCCCUUUCACCACUUCCCAGCUGCUGGCUUUGGAGCGCAAAUUCCGCCAGAAACAAUAUCUGUCCAUCGCAGAAAGAGCAGAAUUCUCCAGCUCUCUCAACCUCACAGAGACCCAGGUCAAAAUCUGGUUCCAGAACCGGAGGGCCAAGGCCAAGAGACUGCAGGAGGCCGAGUUAGAGAAGCUAAAAAUGGCAGCAAAGCCCAUGUUGCCUUCUGGGUUCAGUCUACCUUUCCCCAUCAACUCUCCCAUCCAGGCGGCCUCACUGUAUGGACCAUCUUAUCCUUUUCACAGACCUGUGCUUCCCAUCCCACCUGUAGGACUCUAUGCUACUCCUGUCGGAUAUAGCAUGUACCACUUAUCUUAA